UUUUCCCUGCUCUCUCAGCCAUAUAUCAACCCAGGCCACCUCUGCAUUUACUCCAAUCCCAACAUAUCUCUUCUUCAUCGCUAGCUUUCACUCUCCAUUAGAUCCAUUCCAAGGAGAAACCAGAAGAGGAAGAAGAAGAAGCAGAAGACAUGGCAACCACAUCUGCUGCUGUGCUACACGGCUUGAGCUCCUCCUUCUUGACCGCCGGCAAGAACACCCAGACCUUGCUGGCCGCGCCAAGAGCCGCCGUGGCUGCGCCUUCUGCUCCCAAGAGGUUCAUUGUGGUGGCUGCUGCCGCUCCCAAGAAAUCUUGGCUUCCUGGUGUUAGGGGUGGCGGCAACUUGGUCGACCCUGAAUGGCUAGAUGGCUCGCUGCCAGGGGACUACGGUUUUGACCCAUUGGGUCUUGGAAAAGACCCAGCUUUUCUGAAAUGGUACAGAGAAGCGGAGCUGAUCCACGGGCGGUGGGCAAUGGCGGCGGUGCUGGGCAUCUUCGUGGGGCAGGCAUGGAGCGGCGUUCCAUGGUUCGAGGCCGGAGCUCAGCCGGGCGCCAUUGCCCCCUUCUCCUUCGGCUCACUCCUGGGCACGCAGCUUAUCCUGAUGGGCUGGGUUGAGAGCAAGAGAUGGGUGGAUUUCUUCAACCCAGACUCACAAUCAGUGGAGUGGGCUACGCCGUGGUCAAGAACGGCGGAGAACUUCAGCAACUUCACCGGCGAGCAGGGGUACCCCGGCGGGAAGUUCUUCGACCCGCUAGGCUUCGCCGGAACCCUUAAGAAUGGGGAGUACAUCCCGGACACGGAGAAGCUGGAGAGAUUAAAGCUUGCGGAGAUUAAGCAUGCGAGAAUUGCAAUGUUGGCUAUGCUAAUCUUUUACUUUGAAGCUGGGCAGGGAAAGACACCUCUGGGCGCUCUUGGGUUGUAAGAUGGAUUUAAAACGUACUUUGAUGUAAUUAAAGAGUCAUUCAAUGUAGAAAAAGAAGAAACUGGAUUUCUUGCUGCAUAUAUGCUUUC